CGAGACUGCCCCGCUCAUCGAUUUCCACCUGACAUCUCCUGACGAUAGUUAUAAAGGAACCCUUUGUAUCGUGGCCUGCCACAGUAUCCAUUAAUGCCAUCAGUCAGUCAUCUGUAUUCGGGUCGCCGUUUACUACCACCUUGUGACGGUCCGAAGCUGGGUCCUUUCAAGCUUAAUAAUCAGCCUAUCACAUUCGAAAAACUCCUGAGCGAUAACUAUCCAACCAAGCCUAGUUCCUUUGGAGGGACCUCGAGCAGCCUUGGAGCUGGGUGUAGCUAUGUAUUUCAAGCAAACAUAGGAGACUCAAAGUAUGCCAUCAAAAUAUUCAAGUUCUACCAUUUGGACAAAAGUGGAGAUGUUGAAAAAGCUUUGAAAAAAGAUUUAACGAACGAGUCGACCAUUAUCUACAAUUCAGAUCCUUUUUACGCAGAAUGCAGAGCUUACGGCAAGAUCCGCCAAUAUCAGGAGCACCAAGGACGGGAAUUGAGGUCCCGUAAGUGGAAGAGGAGGCGUAAUGCGAGGACCACCCCUCUUGCUGUGCCAUGUUACGGCUACCUGUUUCUGCAAUUCGAUGAUUAUUCUGACUUAUUUCGAGAUGAUUUUGGGGUCUCUGCGUGGGACAGAACAGAGGAAGACGAUAUAGCUCAGAUACCACUUCGAGGACUUGUGAAACAAUUGAUGAAUGACGAAGAGCCGUUGCGCAAUCCUCGUCAGAUGCUAAGGGAUCUCGAUACCUUACUAGAGAUCGACGUAUGGCAAAGGGACGUUUUCGUGAGGAAUUACCUGGAAGGAUUACUGAUCGAUUUUGACAUCGCAUGGACUAAGCCUCAUUGGAUGUUCUUACUUUUAUCCCAGGAGCAGCUCAAUGAAGAGAGGCAGGAGCAUUACGUUGACUAUGAUAAUAUGUUUUUGGAAGUUUAUGGAAGAGACCAUAUCGCUAAAGUAAGGGCCACGGUAAACGUGGGCUACCGCGCGAAACUCAGGGGAUGGUCGUGGCCCGGUAGACUUUUAAGUCUGGCUUGAUGUACGCUAUGUUUAUUAUCGACAUUUCAAGAGAAUCUGUCAUGUUC